GCCCCGCCCACCUUCCCAGGAGACCCCGCCCCCCGUCAUGGCGGGCGCGCGCGUGCUCGUGCACGUGCGGCGCGCGGGGGCGGGGGGGGCGGCGGCGUUCGGGAAGAGUGUCACCGGCGUGUUCUGCCCCGCGCACACGGACGUGGCCCUGGUGAGCUGCGGGCUGGAGCGCGGCCGCUUCCUCAUCUCUGAUGUCGCCUUCCCUGGCUCCACCGUCACCGUCCUCAAGAGACCCCCCUUCUGCCCCGCCAAGCUGGGAGGGGACACGCCGGGUGACCGGGGGGGACACGCGGGGGUGGUCGCAGCGGUGGCCGUGCUGCUGGAGGCCACCUGCGGCCACGUCCUGCUGACCCGCCGGGCCACCACCCUGCGCCACUUCCCCAACGUUUGGGUGCCACCAGGUGGGCACUUGGAGCCUGGAGAAGAGCUGGUGGCCGCGGGUCUACGGGAGCUGGCCGAGGAGACAGGGCUGCACCUGGAGCCUGGAACCUUCUCCUGGCACCUGCUCGGCCUCUGGGAGUCCCUGUUCCCCCCCUCGCUGAGCUGGGGGCCACCGCGGUGCCACCACAUUGUCACCUACCUGGGGCUGCGCUCGGCCGAGCCCCGCCAGCGGCUGCAGGCCCGCCUGUGCCCGAGCCCGUGUGAGGUCAGCGCCGUGGCCUGGCUGGAGCCUCGGCUCCUGGAGGCCAUCGCUGCCACCGAGGAUGGAGCCGAAGGACCGGGAUCGGGAUCGGGACCGGGAUCGGGAUCAUUCCCCAGAGAGCUGCCGGCCACCGUGGGGAUCACGGAGCUGAGCCCCGACGGCUUCCGCAGCUCCCGGAUUCCCACCGGGAUCCUCCUGCGCCGGGCCCCGGCCCGCGGCCCCGACCUGGAGCGCGUCAGCACCGGCACCAAAUUCGCGCUGGGGCGGUGGCGGGCGGGGCCCGGCCGGGGGGAGGAGCGGGAAUAAAAUUCCAGCGGGAUCCCA